UGCAUAGCUCAGAUAACUUAAUGCUCAUGCCAUGACCUCUGAGGUGGAGAGCACAAGGUUACUGCCUGUAGCCCCAAAGGCUUGUCGCCUGACAGAUUUUUGACCCAGAGACCCAGAUCCCACCGGAUGUUCUUCAUUACUGAGGGCUUGCGUGUCUUUCGGAGACAAGGAACAGCUGACAUAUGCGAGGCAUUAGCCCUGUCUGCUCUCCUUGGCACAUGGUGAAGCCCCGGGGAGUUUCCCUUUUAAAGAGGUGGCCCCUCAAAGUUGGAGAACUCGGGAGCAGGCUGUCUGAGUUUCAGCCGCGGGACUGAAGCUACAUUUGUACCCCCUGACCUGCGUGUGCUCCUGGUUGGAAAACGGUUCACUGGUCCACUGUUGCUCUCUAUUGCUUUCUCCCUGGCUCUGAUUCUGAAUGAAUAGCACUGCUUGGGCAUUGCGUGUUUAUUUUACUGUGUUCCUCUGCUUUUGGCCAGCACAGAGGUACCAAGCAGCCGUGGAAGCAGAUCCCUGUGGAAGCAGCCGUGGGGCCUUGCAAUGCUAGUCAUCUGGUGGCUCUGGCCUCUGCUGGCCGUCUGCGCAUCUGACUCAUUCCAGCUCAAGGCACAGGAAAUCAUGAAGAUCACACCAGUCAUUGAUGGGCACAACGACUUACCUUGGCAACUGCUGAAGUUGUUCAACAACAAGCUGAAUGACUCGAAGGCCAACUUGACCACACUGAUGGAAACACACACCAACAUCCCCAAGCUGAAGGCUGGCUUUGUGGGGGGCCAGUUCUGGUCCGCAUACUUGCCUUGUGAUACCCAAAACAAAGAUGCUGUGAGAAGGAUAUUGGAACAGGUGGAUGUCAUACACCGCAUGUGCCAACUAUAUCCUGAGACCUUCUUGUGUGUCACCGAUAGUUCAGGUAUCCGACAGGCUUUCAGUGAGGGGAAAGUGGCCAGUCUGAUUGGUGUGGAAGGUGGCCACUUAAUCGACAGCAGCCUGGGUGUCCUGCGAACACUCUACCAUCUGGGCAUGCGGUACCUGACCAUCACCCACAACUGCAACACGCCCUGGGCCGACAACUGGAAGGUGGACACAGGAGAUGACGAGGCUGAGAGUCAAGGACUAUCGGUCUUUGGGAAGAGAGUGCUGAAGGAGAUGAACCGUCUGGGUGUCAUGAUUGACUUGUCCCAUGUGUCUGUGGCCACCAUGAAGGCUGCUUUGAAAACAUCCAAGGCCCCGGUCAUCUUCAGUCACUCUUCGGCCUACACCCUGUGUUCCAGCAGGCGGAAUGUACCUGAUGAUGUACUCCAGCUGGUGAACGAAACAAGGAGUCUGGUGAUGGUAAACUUCUACAGUAAUUUUGUGUCCUGUUCCAAGGAUGCCACCCUGUCCCAAGUGGCUGACCACCUGGACUACAUCAAGAAAGUGGCAGGCCCUGGGGCUGUGGGCCUUGGAGGAGACUACGAUGGUGUUACAGCGCUCCCCAAGGGACUGGAGGAUGUUUCCAAGUACCCGGACCUCAUAGCAGAGCUUCUCAGGAGGAACUGGACAGACACAGAGGUCAGAGGUGUACUAGCUGAAAACCUGCUACGGGUCUUCUCUGAUGUUGAAAAGGCAAGCAAUAACAUGGAAGUCCCUGAGGAAGAGCCUAUCCCCCUGGAUGAGCUGGAUGGCUCCUGCAGGACACACUACGGCUACUCACAAGCCCCCAGCGUCCACCUCCAGAUAGGGGCCCUGCUGGCCUCUUUGACUCCCUUGCUCUUCAGUCUACAUCUUCUGUGAUAUACUAAGGACUAGUGUUCUCAGAGCUCAGGGAAGACUGGACAAGCCAAGAGCCCAUGUUGUCCAUGCAAAAACACACCCUUUCCCAAAUAAGCAGUAGGCUUACCUGGGGACAGUUCAAGACACAGGCAUACAAUAAAUGAAAUGACCCCUUUGA